CCAGGAUUUUGUGUUUCUAAAACCAUAUUUUAAUAAUAUAAUUUCAAUUGUAUUAGUUUACUGGGUGAGUCUGACUGAGUUUGCAUCUGUAUUUGUGUGAGUUUGGCAUUUUGUUUUCACCUUUGUGUUUUGGUUCUUUGUGUUAAGUGAGGAAGGGUGAAGAGAGAGAAAGAGAGAGUGAAUUUUCAUUUGGUUUCUGUUUUUUAUGUUUAAAACAAGAAAAAAGCUAAGAAGAUAAUGAUAGUAGCAGUGGAAUCAAAACAGCAGUGAAAGAAAGAACAAUAGCAAAGAUAGAAACCUACAAUUAAACCCACAUGGAAUUUGUGGGGAUCACCCCUAAACAUUUACAAUUUCAAACUCAUUGUUCUCAGAUCUCUAGGAUCUCAGAAUUUCAGCCUUGAUGCUUGUUUGUUUCUCGAGAAAAUUAUCUCUUUCCUUUUUCUACUCACCUUCAUUCUAAACAAGACACUGUAUUUAUAAUUCGGGUGUUUGGUUUCUUCAUGUUUAUGGAGUAGAGAAGAGAGCUUCUUUUUCUUUUGGUUUGGAUAAGGCAGAGAUGGACAUUAGAGAGUUAAGUUGAUGUGAGAAUGAGUAGUGGAUAGUUGUUGUAUUAAUAUACGAAGUAAAGUUGCUUUAACCCAUAAAAGACUAUGGAACACAAGAGUUUCAUGUUGUGGAGGCUGGUAUUUCUUCUGGUUUUCGCAUUAAUGGAGAUUUCUUCUGCUACACUUUCUCCUGCUGGUAUCAACUACGAAGUGGUAGCUUUAGUGGCCAUAAAAAGCAAUCUACAUGACCCAUACAAUGUUCUGGAGAAUUGGGAUAUUACCUCUGUAGAUCCUUGUAGCUGGAGGAUGGUUACUUGCUCUUCUGAUGGCUAUGUUUCUGCUCUGGGGUUUCCUAGUCAAAGCUUAUCAGGGACCUUAUCUCCUUGGAUUGGAAACCUUACUAACUUGCAAUCAGUGUUGCUGCAGAAUAAUGCCAUUGCGGGUCCUAUUCCUGCUGCACUUGGGAAAUUGGAGAAACUUCAAACACUUGAUCUCUCCAACAAUACUUUUACUGGUGGAAUACCUGAUUCUUUGGGGAACCUUAGAAAUCUGAAUUAUUUGCGGUUAAACAACAAUAGCCUUACAGGAUCCUGCCCUGAGUCUUUGUCCAAGAUUGAAGGUCUAACCCUCGUGGACCUUUCCUAUAACAAUUUAAGUGGUUCAUUGCCAAAGGUAUCAGCAAGAACCUUCAAAGUUAUAGGAAACCCUUUAAUUUGUGGACCAAAGGCCAACAACAAUUGUUCUGCUGUCUUUCCAGAACCUCUUUCCCUCCCACCAAAUGGUCUGAAAGAUCAACCAGACUCUGGAAUGAAGAGCCAUCGUGUGGCUGUUGCUUUUGGUGCCAGCUUUGGUGCUGCCUUUUCUGUCAUAAUCAUGAUUGGUUUACUAGUUUGGUGGCGAUAUAGACACAACCAGCAGAUUUUCUUUGAUGUUAAUGAUCAAUAUGACCCAGAGGUAGGCUUGGGCCAUUUGAGAAGGUAUACCUUUAAGGAGCUCCGCACUGCAACCAACCAUUUCAACUCAAAAAAUAUUCUGGGGAGAGGUGGAUUUGGUAUUGUAUACAAGGGUUGCUUGAAUGAUGGAACUCUGGUGGCUGUGAAAAGGCUGAAGGACUACAAUAUAGCUGGUGGUGAAGUCCAAUUUCAGACAGAAGUAGAGACAAUAAGUUUAGCUGUCCAUCGGAAUCUUCUAAGGCUCUGUGGGUUCUGCACGACUGAGAAUGAAAGGCUCCUUGUUUAUCCCUAUAUGCCAAAUGGAAGUGUAGCAUCCCGAUUAAGAGAUCAUGUUCAUGGUCAGCCUGCUUUGGACUGGGCAAGGCGGAAAAGGAUAGCGUUGGGUACAGCCAGGGGCCUAGUUUAUUUACAUGAGCAAUGUGAUCCUAAAAUAAUCCACCGGGAUGUCAAAGCAGCCAACAUUUUGCUGGAUGAAGAUUUUGAGGCAGUUGUUGGGGAUUUUGGAUUAGCAAAGCUUUUGGAUCACAGAGAUUCCCAUGUGACCACAGCAGUGCGUGGUACUGUUGGCCACAUUGCUCCAGAGUACUUAUCAACAGGCCAGUCUUCGGAAAAGACUGAUGUGUUUGGUUUUGGGAUCUUGCUGCUUGAGCUAAUCACAGGUCAGAAGGCUUUGGAUUUUGGACGAGCAGCUAACCAGAAAGGUGUCAUGCUUGAUCGGGUAAAGAAGCUCCAUCAGGAGGGAAAGCUAAGCCAAAUGGUGGAUAAGGAUGUAAAGGGAAAUUUUGACAGAAUCGAGUUGGAAGAAAUGGUUCAGGUGGCCCUCUUAUGCACUCAAUUCAAUCCUUCUCAUCGCCCAAAAAUGUCCGAAGUAUUGCGGAUGUUGGAAGGUGAUGGUUUAGCAGAGAAAUGGGAGGCGUCGCAGAAGGUGGAGUCUGGGACACCGAAGUUGCGAACUUGUGAAAGAAGAUACUCAGAUUUUAUAGAAGAAUCAUCACUUGUGGUAGAAGCAAUGGAGCUUUCUGGUCCUAGGUGACUAGUAAUAUGAAAUUGGUGUUGAUAGCCGUUGAAUGGGAAUGCCAUGUAUUCAUCUGUAAAAAGGAAAAAAGAAAUUCAUGUAUAAGCUUCUUCUUGUUCUUGGUUGGAAAAUCAAUUGAGUUGAUUGAGCUUCUUGUCAAAAGAAAUUUUGGAAUGCAUUAGAAAUAUAAAAUGUAGUUUGCCUUAUUUUGAUGUUAA